AGUCACUGUGCACUUACUCCUCAUGUAGGAUCUCUGUCCUUAAUGUGUUGUACUAUGUGAAUUAACGGUAUAACUAGUACUCAAACGGACCCAGAGGAUACAGAUGCAGCUGAGAGCUCCUCUACCAGCUCUUUCCGCAGAGACGAAGCUUUCCAGGGCCUGGUGACCGCCCCUACCAGGCCGCUCUGUGGAGGACUGGCAGACUCCCAGAACCCGACCUGUGCUGUGUCCCCGCCCAGUCCCUGCCAUCCGCCGAAGCCCCGCCCACGCCCUGCCUGUCUCCCCCCCGGGGGCGGGGCUGCGGGAGCGCACGUCCCCUACGCCGUGACGUCACAAACACGACGGCGAGGACCGGGCCUUAGCAACCGGCCUGGUUACAGUCUCCCGCCCGCUCCUCUUCACCAAACCUGAACCACCGGGGCUGGGCCCAGCCUGGGGAAGACCGAAGGGACCCGGCUUGUCCCACAGCGGCUGCAAGAGGACGCACAUGGAUGGCAGCCGGAGAGUCAGAGCAACCCCUGUCCUUCCCAGAUAUGGUCCACCAAGCCUAUUUAAAGGACACUUGAGUACCAAAAGUAAUGCUUUUUGCACUGACUCCUCUUCUCUCAGAUUAAGCACUCUCCAGCUGGUCAAGAAUCACAUGGCUGUUCACUAUAAUAAAAUCCUUUCAGCCAAAGCUGCGGUAGACUGCUCAAUUCCAGUAAGCAUGACUGCAAGCAUCAAAUAUGCAGACCAACAACGAAGAGAGAAACUCAAAAAAGAUUUAACAAGAUGUGAAAAAGAAUUCAAAUUAACUAAAAAGGCGAUGCAGGCCAAUUCUAAAAAUAAUUCCAAGUCAUUCCUUAAUACCAUACGAAAGCCUUCAGGGGAACCACAAAAAGAUGUGUUUAUAGAAAAAGUGAAUGGAUUUUCGUCGUUGGCAAAGUCACUAGUAUCUUCUACAGAGGGACUACACCUGAGUCUACCUAAGUCUGACAAUGACCUCGCAAGUGGCAGUGAGAAGAACUGCAGGUCCGCCCUGUCCUGCAUGGACUACGCAGCCUCCGGGCCCCGCAAGUCCUGUUCUGGACCCUUACACGGCAGAAGGCCCAGGAGCUCAUUUGCAAACUCCCACCGGUUUCAGUUAGUCAUUUCAAAAGCACCUAGUGGGGAUCUUUUGGAUAAACAUUCUGAACUCUUUUCUAACAAGCAGUUACCAUUCACUCCACGCACUUUAAAAACAGAAGCAAAAUCUUUCCUGUCGCAGUAUCGAUACUAUAUGCCUGCCAGAAGAAGAAAGGAUUUUACAGAUCAACAGGUAGAAGCUGAAACCCAGACUGAGUUUAGCAGCUUUCAUUCUGGUUUUGAGACAGCUAAGACUAAGAACUUGACAAAUUCAGAAGGAAACAUACAGCAGGCAUCUAGUUGUUUGACAUGUGAUACCACACGGGAAAAAAGUCCUGUGCCUCUAAAAGGGCCUGGCAGAACGUGGGAUGUGAUGAAAGGUGAUGCUGUCCAGCAUUCCUCACCCAGUGAGGAAGAAUUGUUGUAUCUGAGUUUCAUUGAAGAUGUGACAGAUGAAAUUUUGAAACUUGGUUUAUUUUCAAACAGGUUUUUAGAACGACUGUUUGAACAACAUAUAACACAAAAUAAACAUCAUCUAGAGGAGGAAAAAAUGCGUCAGCUGCUGCAUGGCCUGAAGGUGGACUUGGGCUGCACAUCCGGGGCAGACCCAGCACAGCUAAGUGAGGUCGGUGUGUCGGAUCUGCUUGAUUCUGAAAAGGCCCGGAGUUCUACACAAAGCGGAUUGAAAUGUGAAAAUGAAGCCGCAGUAGAACAGGAGCGCCAUGAGUACCAGCAGGCUUUGAAUAUGUUACUGUCUGCACCAAAGGAGGAGACUGCUGAGAUAUUCUCACCAACUGAAUUUUUUAUGCCCAUCUAUAAAUCAAAGUAUUCACCAGGGGUUAUUAUUCAGCAGGUGACUAAAGAAACGAAUCUUGAACCUUCAGCCUGUGAUGACAGCAAUCCAAGUGUUUCAGACAGUUUAACAGACCAGGAAACCUCUGUGAAUGUCAUUGAAGAUGAUAGUGACACUGAAAAGCUCGAAACUUUAGAAGACUUCAGUUGUCUUAACACAUCAUUCUCCGAAUCGGUUCAGUUCUCCAGUGUCAGAGGUGACAAUAAUCAUGACAAGGAAGUACCAACUUUUAAAAUCAUGGAAAUGAGCGUUGAGGACUGCCCUGCAGAUGUUUGAUCGUCAUUAAUAAAUAUCUCAAAUGGCCAGUAACCCAA